UCAUCAUAUUAAUCAAUCAGAGAAGAGAAUUAAUCUAAGAAUCACAUCAUGCGAAGCCGUUCUCCUUCUUCUUCUUAUGAAUCUUCAAAACAGCCAAAAAAAUUUGGUUAUCGGAGAUCGCUUCACGCCGCCCUUGGCGGCGGAAAGUUUGCAGAUAUAAUGCUAUGGGAGGACAAGAAGAUGACGGGGGCAAUAGUAGGAGCUUUCACUUUCAUUUGGUUCCUCUUUGAAGGGUUGGAAUACCCUUUUGUUUCCCUUCUCUGUCACCUCCUUGUCGCCGCCAUGCUCCUCCUCUUCCUCUGGUACAACGCCGCCGGCUUCAUCACUUGGGGUCCUCCAAGUGUUCAUGAUCUUCAAAUCUCAGAAUCCACAGUGAGACUCUUCUGUGCGAGAAUCAACUGGUUUUUGAGGAAGUUUUACGGCAUCUCCAUUGGCAAAGAUCUCUCCCUCUUCUUUGCGACGAUCGCUGGCCUGUGGAUCAUGUCGGCCAUUGGGAAUUAUUUCACCACUCUGAAUCUGAUAUACUUCAUGUUUAUGUGCAUGGUGUGCUUGCCUGUGAUGUACGAGAGAUAUGAAUAUGAGGUGGAUUAUCUGGCAAGCAAAGGCAAUCAAGACUUGAGAAGAUUGAUGACCGCACUUGAUUCCAAAGUUUUCAACAAGAUUCCAAGAGGGCCUGUCAAGGAAAAGAAAUAUAAAUAAAAUAACAUAACGUGUGUGUGUGUGUGUGUGUGUGUGUGUACUAGCUUUAUUUGUAUUGAAAAAUUCAUUUUACGAUUGAUCUGUUCUUUUCUGUUUAAUUUCCCACUACUUCACUUUAAUCAAAUAUGAUUCAUGUUCCUGUACUAUAUUAGCUCUGUAAAUUUCAAACAAGGGCCUGAAAUUAUUAUUUGGUUCAAUAUUUAUAA